AUGGAAAAACGCGAACUUUUGCGUGAGGCUACUAGACGUCCUUUAGAUGAUGCAGCUAAAGAGAGGAGACAGAGAAAAACUCUUAGCUUGUUGGAACAAGAUAAUCACAUUGAAGAACCCCACUCAGAUGUGAAGGGAACGAAGAGACCACAAUUUGGAGAUGAGGAUGAAGAUAUUUCAGCCAACAAUAAGCGCCGAAAAAAGAAACGCAUAUCGAAUAUUCGUGCACGCUGUAGGAAAACGUUUGAGAUUUUACUGGAUGAAGAAUAUCAAGCAACGAAAGGAGGAACUACUGGUACAUCAGGAAGAAGAAUCUUUCUGUUAUAUGGUCGACCGAGAAAUAGUAACCUCCCGAACACCAUUAACUAUGCUUAUUUACUUCAUUUUGCCCAGAUCGACAGAAUUCGAUCGUCACUAAGUUCUAGAAGAGCAUGGUAUUGGUUACUACUCAGCGGUCAUUCAUUGUAA